GCAGAAGAUUUUAAUUACUGCAGGCCUGGGCAGCUUCUCCUGAAAACUGGAUUCUCGUGUUCUCAGGAACAAGGGACUGCUCAUCUCGGAGGGCUGUAUUUCCGUGAGCUGCUUUCCCCCUUGCUUUUAUUGUAAACGCCAGUUUUAAUGGAUGUUUUUUUACUUUCUUCUCUUCCCUGUGAAGGACAAGAUACUAGUCUACAUGCACUAAACUGGAAGAAAUGGAAGAAAGGAAGAUCAAGAGGAGGAGCCCCAAAUCAUCUACCAGUCACCCUGCUCAGGUUGCUAACUCCAAGAAGAGCUCAGUGCCAGUCAGUAAGAGUACAGCCUUUUCCAACCCUGCCCCACAGCCUGCUGUGCAGAAACCAAAGCUGAAACGUGUAAUAAAAGAGAAAGCCAAACCUCCAGGAGGUGAAGCAAAAGGGGCGCAGGCAGCACCAAUCCAGCAUUCUUUUCUCACAGAUGUAUCAGAUGUCCAGGAAAUGGAAAGGGGACUCCUGAGUCUCUUGAAUGACUUCCACUCUGGCAAACUUCAAGCAUUUGGAAAUGAAUGUUCCAUAGAGCAGAUGGAGCAUGUACGGAGCAUGCAGGAGAAACUUGCUCGCCUCAACCUGGAGCUCUACGGGGAGAUGGAAGAACUGCCUGAAGAUAAAAGAAAACUAGCCAGUGAUUCCAACCUGGAUAGGCUGCUGUCAGAUCUAGAAGAACUGAAUUCAUCUAUCCAAAAACUACAUUUAGCAGAUGCUCAAGAUAUUCCAAAUGGUACCACGGGCUGAGAGAACAGCUUUGUCAAUUUGGAUUCUCACAGAAGCUUUUAAUUUGUUUUUCCUGACAAUGGAAUUGGGAACAGUUGUGACUUUGUGUUGGUUUGUUUUCUUUUACACAACAAAGAAUUGAAGUGCAAAUUCAGGUGUUUAUUUUGCACAUUCCUCUGAGCACCACAUUAUGUCAGGGCUCAGGACCUAGAGUUGUAAAUUAUUGUCAUGCUGUGCUUUUUAUUAUUGCCUUACUUAACAGAAAAACUGGGAACAGGGGGAAGUACAUUUCUUCUUAGUGUUCACAUGGUUGAAAAUGAUACACGUCUACAAGUUCACUGGCACUUCUCUGGUUUUUAAGAAAGUAGUGAUAAUGUUGCCUUUCUGAUCCACUACACAGACAAUCUGCACACUGUGUCUUUAGUGUUUUGUUGAUCAGUGAUGCCACAGAUUAAUUUAUUGUUAAUAAAGUGAAAAAUUUUGAAUAUAUGAUGUUUCAUUUAGAGAAGCUGCUGUCGGUUCAGCUGUGUUAAGAAGAUGAGUUCUGGCAUUGUCCGAACGUUUGCAGAGUUUACUUUUUUCCAUUACUGUGAAUAAUUGUAAAAUGUCAAUAAAUUAAAACUAGUGUGCAUACUAGCAGUCCACAUAAUUUAAGUACUGUGAAAGUCCCAAAAUCGGGUAAACAGUUAUUGUUCAAUAAAUCCAAUAUAUGCAA